AGCUGCCCGAUUUAAUUGAUCUGUCAGCGCGCAUUCUUCUCCAACCCGUGUACGACUCUUGAGAGCCAGGUCGACCUUCGAACGCUCUUUCCCCCCAGUGUAUGUCUCAGCAACCCAACACCAAACCAAGCCUCCAAGGGGUGCGAAUCAAAGCUAAGAAAGGCGCUAUCAAGGCUCAAGCUAAACACGAACCGCAAGUAUUUCGCGAUCAACUCUAUAAACAUCUCGAUACCACACAGCCUGGCGAUUUCGAAGCUUUCAGCACAAAAUUAGCUAACGCCAGUUCUACUCUCGAAUUUCUCAAGUAUUCAGAUUCUCUCUUCGAAAUUCUUUUUUUUGGUGGUCUACUCCAACCGGGUGGAAAUUUCGUCGACGAUGCAGCGCCUGUCUCACCCUUCUCAAUUGUCAACGCUAAGGAGCCGCUGGAGGUCGAAGAGAUAAGGAACUAUGUUAACGUGCUUAGCAGUCUCAUUAGAAGAUACAAGUAUCUUCAGAAACCACUGGAAGAGCGGUCUCUUCCAAAUCUGUUACAAUACAUAUAUAAGUGGAACCCAGUUCAGAGGGAAAAGCUCGCCGUUGCGACAGCGCUCUUGAUCGCGCAAUCGAUGGUCACAUCAGCUUGCUUGCAGAGCCUUACAAAGGAUCAUCUGGUUAAGGAUGAUGUCUCCCUCACUGUUGUGACGGCAAUUUUUCGGGUGUGGUUUGUGAACCAAAAUCUGAGUGUGGAACAAGUGAACGCACUCCUGAGAAAGGGAAACAUCAAAGACAUCCUUCUCUUCUUCCCCGCAAACAAGCGCUCACCUAAGAACGCCCUCACCAAAGAGACCAUCAUCAAGGAGAUGAAAGAAAUGUUAGAACAGGAAGAGCCCCACAGUGCCGUCAUCAAUUACCUUAAAGAUCAUCAAAAGUCGACUGCUCUCAGCGAGAACGACUUCAUUCAAUGCAUCUGGACGGGGCUCAUGAGUUACUGCGACUGGACUUCGCGCACGGAACCGGUUGAGGCCGUGGCUGGACGAGAGCUAACUCAACUAGCCCCUAUCAUCGAGCCCUUCUCUUCUACAAAUUCAAAGUCCCAAAUAGCACUAAUCAACGUAAUCCAAGUGUAUUGCCAUGAAGAUACCAAAGCCCUUAAAGCAUUCCCCCAAAUAUUAAAAGUUUUGUAUAACGCCGACUGUGUAUCAGACCAAGCUAUCAUAUACUGGUAUCAGAAAGGCUCGAAGCCCAAUGGGCGUCAGCAUUUCCUAAAGCAAACGGAAGCUCUCGUAAAGGCUCUUCAGGAACAAGAAGAGGAAUCUGAUGGGGCUGAUUAACUCCCACUUACCACGAACCUUCAUAUAUCUUUCAGUGUGAGCGCUUAGAGCUCUUUCCAAUUUUCAAUACAGGCUGUGAUAUUCUCGUCGACAUAUCGAUGCAGUGCAUGAGUCUACCGGAACAUAAAAUGACUUCACCAAAAAAAAAAAA